AUGACCAAUAUUUUCGUGAAAAAGACUGAGGAGGCAGCUACUGUCCUACAGAUCUGGCACCAUAUUUUAUCUUUAAAAGAGAUGUCAGAUGUCUUCUCUUUCAAAGAGAACAACACUGUUGCUACACACUUACUCUCUCUUCGCGUUUCCUCUCGACGCAGGAAAACUCAUGUAUUGCUUUGGUCGGAUAAAGCGUUGUUACUCGUGUUAUGGACGUGUGGUGAUGUGGAAGUGAAUCCUGGGCCGACAAUCAAAAGACUGGCCAGAUCUGAAGUUUUACGAAAAUUUCAGAGAUGCAGCCAGACACCUAUUGUGAAAUUAAUCUAUGAAAUAAGUCAAACAGAGAUUCCUAAAUCACUCUACAUCCAGGGUCCUCCAGGGUGGAAAAAGGAUGAUGAGUUCAAAAACAUAUCAAAUCUAAACAAAGGAGGUGAAGAAAUCUUCAAUAAAUUAAUUCUGUUAUUCAAGGAGAAAUGGAACCCUCUACCACCUGAAUGGGAUGUUCUACUGAAACAUUACCAAAAUCUAAAGGAAAACAACAGCGAAGAUAGUAAAAACGCAUUAGAAAGAUGGAUGCUGGAAAUUGACAUUGUUCCAAAACUCAGAUUGUAUGCUAGCAUUAAUGGUGAACCCUCAACAGAUAUAAUUGAAGCUUUUAAAGCUGUUUCGCAGAGAUGGCAGGAUAACUAUGGGAUCAGUAAAUCGACAUGUGUUACUACAUGUACCUUCUCAAUUACGUCAAAUGAAGCUACAGAGAUACCUUUCUCCUCCUUUUCAAAAAGUGCGACAAAUGAAAAAGAAGUUCAACCAAAUGUGACAGUGGCAUCUCAUGGAACAAACAGCAUGUUGUGUGAACCUUCUGCUAAGAAAAGAAGUAAAUCAGAUAUCCAUGAUCUACAAAGGGAAGAAACUGCUCAUCAAAGUUAUGCCAGCCCUAACCCUGAAACAGAAAUGAUACAAGCAGUCAAAGACACAGAAUAUGGUAAAACCAACAGAGGAACAGGAGGGCAGCCACAACUGGAUCCAGACUUAUUUGAGCAUGUACAACACAAUGCAUGUAAUUUUGAAAAAGCAAUGACCAAAAGCAAGGACCACCAACUGUUUGCAGGAACGCACAACUUGAAAACUUCAAAUCAAUCGCAGUCGAAAAGAAGAUUACCGGAUGAAGAACCUAUGUUAAAUAACUAUAAAGUACCAAGGAUUCAACUUGACAUUUGCGAAAAAGAAGGUAAGAACGAGAUUGAGAAUAUCCAGUUGCUGCAACUCAGAGCUGAACAACUAACAAAUGAUAUGCAAAGGAAAAACGACGCAGAACAAUCACAAAUGGUUACACUGGAUUCCGAAAAAAGAAAAUCUUUCAACGAAAGUAGUCCAGACGCCACAGUCCUUUAUGAUAUGGACAUUUUCCCAGAGGAAGACGAACUUGAUGUAAUUCUGAACAACAAUGUGUAUCAGGAACCUUCUGACCCAAUUAUUUUACUGUAA